GCCACAUCUUCCGGAACGCCUAUAACGACAGGCGAACGAACGGGCCCGGGGGAGAUUGACGACUUCCUUAAGAAUGCCACGCAGAUCUUAAAGAUGAUGGCUGAUAAGCAGAGUGGCCCCAACACACCGGGACCGUCAAUGAAGAUGUUGAAGAAGGCAGUGCGGCGAUUUGAGAAUCGCAUGGCUUUGGUGGAUUCGGGGGCUACACAUCCCUUGAGAGAGGCCAAGCCAGAGGAGUGGCCUGGAGCACCGGAGGUGGACGUGGUUAUCGCCGGCGAUGGAGUUACGACUAUGAGACAGAACCAGGAGGUGUUGAAAAUGACGUCAGGUUGUCCCGAGGUGAAUGAAGCUCUGGCGUUGCAGCUGAUCGCAAGGAUUGAGCAGGAGAAGUUAGCACAGCUCGAGAAGGCGACUGAGGAGUCAAAGCAGAUAUUGGUGCGGGCCAUGAAGGUGCAAAAGGACCCUGAGUGGGAGAAAAGCCUCAGAAGGUUUGUGACCUCGGGGAAGUUUGAGGAUGGUUACUGUGCAAUUUCGUCUAUGCCAUGGGCGACUGAGGUUAUGAAUGAGGACCUUGUAAAGACCAUCUCGGACAUCCCUCAGAGCGAGAAGGAGGCAUGGGACUUGAUGAUGACCCUGGGUUUCAACCGGAGGAUGCGAAAGCGAAUGAUGCACAAGGACUGGGUUAUCAGGUUCUUCAGUGGAAGGAGGUCCCCCAUAGACAAGAUGUUCAAGAGCUUCGAGAACAAUGGAACGAUGGUUUUGGAUGUGGAUGUUUUGAGGUGGACGCAGCUGGAUAUGCUGGAUACCAACAAAGGCAUCAUGACGCUGAUGUUGUGGGGUGCAGCAACCGGGCGCGUGGCUGGGACAUUCACUUCAGUGCCUCGCAACAACUCCUUUGAGCAUGCUUUGAGAGUUGUGGUGAUCAACGAGGUUGCAAGGAUGGGGCGUCAGAUCAUGUGCGAGUCUAUGGAUGUUCCGAACGAUGACGUGGCAAUGUGUAUAUGGGCUUCCUCCCAGUCGCAGGAGGGGCUCUGGGACAUCCAUUAA